AAUCAUUUCUUUCAUUUCUUUAUUCACUGGUUUGGUUUCAGUUUCUGGUUUCUGUUUUCUGGCGAGUUGCAUAACAUUUCAGGAAGGAUUUUCCAUUUUCCUGGUUCCCUUGCAUAAUAAUUUGGAGUAAAAAUGAAUUCUUCAAAGGCGUUGGGUCGAGUUAUGUUGAGACAGAUCGUUGGCAAAAGAAAUGCACAUGAUGCUCACGCACCAGUUCAGAGUACAUACAAUGAUCUUCCUCAACCCCAGGGCAGUUGGAAAACUCAGUAUGAUGCCAAUCAACGUAAAUAUAUGGCACACUUAGCCAUCGGCAUUGGCGCUUUUGUAGGAACCCUUAUAUUUGGAAAAGCCGCCGGUUUAUUGGAAACCUAUAGUGAUAUUCCACAGCGUCCAGCAGUCAUUGAUUCAUACCAAUAAGUGGCGUUCUUCUAUGUAACUAGUAAAUAUAUUUAGUGAUUUAGAAUAUUUUGUAUUAUAAUUUAAGUCCCUUAUAAGCUUUACUGUUAAUUUUUGAUGGUAACAACAAAAACACUUUUAAGACAUAAAAUCCAAUUUGAGCUGUAGUACAUAAAUAUAACUCAAUAAAUGGGAAUUCUAGACCCGA